UUUACGGGCAGCAGAGAAGGUGGACCUAUCAGAUACUGGCCAUCCUGUCAUGCUGGAGCAAGUCGGAUCGAGGAGCAAGCAUGGAGAGGGAAUGAUGCUGGUCCUGAAAGACCCUAAAAGCAAAGCAGGUUCCAGAAACAUGUCCAUAUAUGGUCUACUUGUCAGGGACAAUAAAUAAUGAUGUAAUAGAAAGGUCAACUUUGUGUCAUUUAGCUACGGGAUGCUUGAUGAAGUGAAGUUCUUCAGAUAAUGCAACAAAGAAGAACUUUAGGAUGGGUAAAAGUUUCUGCCAUGCAUCUUCAAACAGGAAAUCUGAGAUUCAGAACAACUUAUAUUUUGGCUUGUAUUCACUGAUCAUGGGGUGAUCCAGAAAUAAACUCCAGGCUUCAAAGCGAGAGUGUUUCAAAGCUGUCCUGCAGUUGAUCGAAGCAUCCAGGCAAAGCAGGGAGAUGAAUACCAGCAAGGAUUUUCUGAAUUAAGACUUAAUCAAGGAGAUAACCCAUUUCAACAGUACUAUUACCCUUUUAUUUCAGAACAAAAAGGAAAGCAAAAAAAAAAAAAAAAAUGGCUACAACGGCAGCAAAUACUCAAAGACAAACAAUAGGCUGUGAGGAAUACAGUCUGUACAGCAGCUUGAGUGAAGACGAACUUAUAAAGAUGGCCAUCCAGCAGAGCUUGGAAGAGGACCCCACGGGUCAGCCAGCUGCCCAGAGCCACCAGAAGUCGAUGGUGACGGGUCCUAGCGAGGCGGCCGCCCCCAGCCGCGCCAGCAGCCACAACCCGCCCUACCACAUCUACCCAUGGCAAAGAUUGGUGGCCCAGCCGAGAGGCCGUGCUCAGCCGUCCAGCUCGGGGGCAGCCUGGGGGGUCAGGCGAAGGUACGACGGCAGCCUGUUCAGCACAUCCCAGCCCGUAGAACUUGACCCAGUAGUGGAAGCAAUCAAGGAUGGAGAUGAAAAAGCAGUUUGUAACAUGAUGAAAUCAGGAAAAGACCUUUCUGAACCUAAUAAGGAUGGCUGGAUACCCCUCCAUGAAGCUGCAUAUUAUGGCCAAGUGGGUUGCCUGAGCCUGUUGCAAAAAGCAUACCCUGGCACAAUCGACCAGCGCACACUCAAUGAGGAGACGGCUCUUUACCUGGCCACCAGCCGGGGCAACCUGGACUGCCUGCUCACCCUGCUGCAGGCUGGGGCUGAGCCUGACAUCUCCAACAAGGCCAGAGAAACACCACUCUACAAAGCCUGUGAGCGUAAGAACGCAGAGGCCGCAAGACUCCUGGUACAGUACAAUGCUGAUACCAACCAUCGUUGCAAUCGAGGAUGGACUGCUCUCCAUGAGGCUGUCUCCCGAAAUGACCUGGAGAUUAUUGAUAUCCUUGUGAAAGGGGGUGCCAAGAUUGAGUCUGCAAACGCCUAUGGGAUCACUUCUUUAUUUGUGGCAGCUGAGAGUGGGCAGUUGGAAGCUUUGAGAUACCUGGCAAAAUGUGGUGCUGAUAUAAAUACUCAAGCCAGUGAUAACGCCUCUGCUCUUUAUGAAGCCUGUAAAAAUGGACACAUACCUAUUGUGGAGUUUCUUUUAUCCCAAGGUGCAGAUGCUAACAAAGCCAAUAAGGAUGGCCUGUUACCUCUUCAUAUAGCAGCCAAAAAAGGGAUUUGCGAGAUUGUCUCCAUGCUGAUCCCUGUGACCAGCCGCACCCGCGUCAAGCGCAGCGGCAUCAGCCCCCUGCACUUAGCGGCCGAACGCAACAAUGAUGACAUCUUGGAAGAGCUGAUCGAUGCUGGCUACAAUGUCAACACCGCCCUCUCCACUGAACGGUCCUGCCUUUAUGAGGACAGACGCACCACCCCCCUCUAUUUUGCUGUUUUUAACAACAACAUCUAUGCCACGGAACUCCUGCUGCAAGCGGGAGCCAACCCCAAUGUUGACCUCAUCAACCCAUUACUCAUCUCCAUCCGCCACGGCUGCCUGAAGACCAUGAAACUGCUCCUUGACCAUGGAGCAAACAUUGAUGCCUAUAUAUCAAGCCAUCCCACUGCAUUUCCGGCUACCAUCAUGUUUUCGAUGAAGUACCUUUCCGUGCUGAAGUACCUCCUCGAUCUGGGCUGUGAUGCAGGUUCCUGUUUUGAGUGUCAGUAUGGAAACGGCCCACACCCUGCAUUGAAUUACAGACAGGACAGACUUAAUGAUCCUCAGCUGUCCAAGGAGCCAACUGUAGUACAGUUUUGUGAAAUGGUGUCUACUCCAGAGAUGAGUCGCUGGGCUGGGCCGAUCAUUGAUGUUCUCCUGGAUUAUGUGGGCAACGUGCAGCUCUGUUCCCGGCUCAAGGAGCAUAUUGACAGCUAUGAGGACUGGGCUGUCAUUAAAGAAAAAGCAGAGCCCCCACGACCCCUUUCCCAUCUUUGCCGCCUCAAGGUACGAAGCCUGGUUGGAAGAAACCGCAUUAAACUUCUUGACACCUUGCCUCUCCCGCACAGACUGAUUCGAUACUUACAGCAUGAUUACACACAGUGACCCCAUCACACACCGGACACGCAGCAGCUUCCCGGCAUGGCACGCAGAGUCAUCGACAUAGCGAGGGCACACAUCGUGCACGGUGGGAAGGAAUUGCUGCUGGCUUGGUCAAGCGCCUUCCAAUGACUAAUUAA